GUCUGGGCUACAAUAUGUUCACAGAAGCAAACAGUAGAACCAAGGAGAUAUUACUUUAUUCCUCUGCUCAUAGUCAGUGAGAGGGUUUCUGGAGGCUGGACAUUGAGAGGGAGGAAGACGGUUUGGAAAUGUUCGCGCAGGAAAUUUAAAUAUGUAUUGUUUUCAAGUCAUUCUAUGAAGAUGAAAAAAUAUGGUUUAUUGAAGGGAAUGUGUUAGGGAUAGGACUACUUCGUCAACUGCUUCGCCACGGUCUGUCAGUGACCCGUCUUGAACGCAUUUGAAAAUGGGGUGCUUGCAUCAAUGGACUCUGCUAGUUGCAGUAUUGCUGUAUCUACCAUUGCAGUCUACAGCUCAAGGUCAGUGCAAUAAUGUUGGUGCGGCAGAUAUUGUGUUUCUGGUGGAUGGAUCAUCUAGCAUUGGCCGGGCAAAUUUUGUAUUGGUGAAGAGUUUCAUGGCAGGGAUUGUCAAACCCUUUGCAAGGGCAGUAGGACCCAAUGGUAUCCGCUUUGGAGCCAUACAGUACAGUGAUACUGCCAGGGUGGAGUUUAUCUUCACUACAUACCUAAAUGGCACUGAGCUUAUUAAUGCCAUAGAGAAUAUCAACUAUAAAGGUGGAAACACACGCACUGGAGCUGGCCUCAAAUACAUUGCAGAUAACUUCUUUAAUCCCGCCUAUAUCAGAGAUGUUCCCAAGAUCACUAUUCUCAUUACCGAUGGUAAAUCUCAGGACAAUGUGCAGGAACCUGCUCAAAAACUACGUAGUCUAGGAGUCAAAAUAUUUGCUGUGGGGAUAAAGAGUGCUGAUCCAAAUGAGCUGAAUCUUAUUGCCUCUCCUCCACAAAGUGAGUUCAUCUCACAGAUUGGGAACUUCAAAGCUCUCAGCACUUUGCUGCCCCUUGUGUAUACACGUGUCUGUACAACAUGUGGAGGCUCUUAUUCUAGUGAUGAAGCCUACAGUGGUCCAUCAGAUUUGCAGUUUUUGAGUGAGACCACUGAUUCACUGAGAUUUCAAUGGACGUCUGCAGGAGGGCCAUUGAGUGGCUAUGUGGUUCAGUACAGGCCCCUAAAUGGCUUUGGUCAACCAAUUACAGCAGAGCUCCGACAGGAAACGAUACCAAGCAGCCAGCAGAGCUAUGUUGCACGAGAACUGCGUGCAGGCACAGACUACUUGAUCACUGUGAUCGCUCAGUACCCCAACAGCUUAGGAGAGUCUGUUUCAGCCAAGGCCAGAACAAAGCCUCUCCCAAGUGUAACUGCACUACGACUGGUUCAAGCUGGGUUCUUAACUCUUGCAUUGGCCUGGAAUUCUCCAGCUGACCAAGUACAGGGCUACAGAAUUACCUAUGGUCCUACAGGUCAGCCAGCUGUGCAGUUGGUGGAGCAGUCUGUUGGGGCAGAGUCUACUUCUAUAACUUUGCACAGUCUUAAGGCAGACACAGAAUAUGUCAUCAACCUAUACCCUCUAUUUCCCCGCAACAGUGCCUCACCAGCUACUCUGACUGCACGCACACUGCGUUUAGAGGGAGUGCAGCAGCUCUCUGUUGAGACCAUUUCCAGCAACAGUGUCAAAGUCCGCUGGACAGGAGUAACAGGGGCUAGAGGAUAUAGAGUUGUCUGGGGCCCUUUCACAGGAAGUGAUGUGGAGACCGUAGAGCUGAGAGAAGAUAGCGAAAUUCACACACUGGUGAAUCUGCAACCAGACACAGAGUAUAUUGUUACAGUCAUCGCCCUGUACAAUGGAGAAGCUGAAGGACCUGCGGCCACUGCACGCUUUAAGAUAGAAGGCUCAGAGCAACAGGUCCUGAGAGCCACGACUACAGGACCCACCAGCAUUAGAUUAACUUGGAACCUUAUACAGGCUGCCAGGGGCUAUCGGUUGGAGUGGAAAGCUGGAGAAAGGGGCAGAGUUCAGAUGCAGGAUUUCCAACAGAGCACCACCAGCUAUGAGCUGAGAAGUCUGCAGCCAAGCACUGAGUACAUCAUAACACUAUUCACACUCUAUGAUGGACGAGAGGAGGCUACAUUCUUUUCGACCAAAUCAACAGGUCAACCACUAAGGGUGACCAACUUCCGUCUAGUCAGCAGCAACAGCCGACGAAUCAGGAUUGCAUGGACUGGUGUUUCAGGGGUGACAGGUUAUCGGCUUACCUGGAGACAAGGAAGCAGUGCAGAGCUAUUCCGUGUCCUAGGUGGUGAUAUCACUACCCACACUAUAGACGGGCUGCAGCCAGAUGAAUCUGUUAUAGUGGGAAUUGCCCCAGUGAUUGAUGGGCGGAUUGGGGAAGUGGUCACUAUUUCUGCUAGAACCAAUGGCCCCACUGGAACAAUCACAGGGCUGCGUGUCAUUGAAGUUUCAUCUACAAGGAUACUAAUAUCUUGGGCUGCUGUGAAUAGAGCAACAGGCUACAAAAUCACUUGGCGGCAAAGUGACGGAGUGGAAGACUCUGAGAAUGUAGCUGCUGAUGUGACUUCCUAUACCAUUGAUAGACUCCAGGAAGGUGCAACAUACCAAGUAUUUGUCUCAGCCCUUUUUAACUCACGGGAAGGACCUGCUGCCACUGUGACUGCAAGGACAGAUCAAACCACAGUGGGUCGGGUCACUAAUUUACAGGUGCUGGAGGCCCAAGGUGAGGUUGUUAGAGUCAGCUGGGUUGGAGUUCAAAAUGCGACAUCUUACAGAAUAUUCUGGAAGAGGACUGAUGGUGGAGAGGAGCGGAGUCAAUUUGUUGGUGGUAAUGUGACAUCAGUGGAUCUGAGACAGCUGGAUGAAGGAGCACAGUAUGAGGUGAAGGUCUUGGCUAUAGUUCGGAACAGAGAGGGCCCACCUGUCUCUGUCAGAAUCACUACGGGGGAGGUAAAGAAGGAGAUUGUGGAGGGCUUGGAUGUGUUGGACUCGACCCCAGGGGGGCUGCGUAUUGUCUGGAGAUCAGUGAGGGGAGCCAGCGCAUAUCGAAUCUAUUGGCGGUCCUCGCAAGGCGAAUCUGAAUCAAGUCGUCUUAUUAGUGGUGAUGCAACCUCAUAUACCCUUGACGGACUUCGCCCUGGUUUGAGCUACACUGUAAGAUUGUCUGCUGUGGUGGAAAGUGGAGAGACUGAAUCUGCCACCAUCCAGGCCUCCACUGAUGCCUUGCUACCUGUGAAAGGUUUGAGUGUGACGGACAGUACAGAAAAUUCAGUGCUUUUGAGCUGGUCACCAGUAACAGGAGCCACAGGCUAUAUUUUACGCUGGAGAGAGGAGAGAGACACAGGAUCUGGUCAGUCUGUGACGCUGCCUGGUACAGCCAGUUCAUUCCGUGUGAUUGGUUUGCAGCUGGGCCGUCGUUACCGCUUCACAGUGCAGCCCACCUUCCAGAACCAGGUUGGAUCUGAGAGCAGUGUGGAGGAGCGCACAGUGUGUGUUGGAGGGCGUUUGGAUGUGGUCUUUCUUGUCCCUGCAUCUCGUGACCGCUCUGGCCUGGCAGCACCUGUGUUGUCUCUGCUGGCCAGUUCUGCUGGAUCCUUCACAUCUAUCGGACCCAGAGACUCCCAGAUGGGGAUAGUGGUGUACAGUGAAGAUCCAAAAGUGCACUUCCUCCUCAAUCGCCAUAGCAACAGCGAGACCCUUCUGCAGGAUAUUCAGUCCACCCCUUUCAAUGAUAGACCAGGAAAUAAUAUAGGCCGGGCAAUGACAUUCGCUAGACAGUUUCUGCUGAGCACGUCGGCAGGUCGAAGGUCAGGGGUUCCUGGUGUGGUUGUCAUUAUCGCUGAUGAGAAAUCAACCAGUGAUAUCAGCCAGCCUGCUGCUGCCCUUAGAGCUAAUGGUGUGACAGUGUUGGCGGUAGGAGUUGGACGUGGAGACCCUGGAGAACUGCGUUUGGCAGUGACUGAUGGCAGCACUCAGAAUCUGCUCUAUGCUCAAGACGCAAAUCAGCUCUACAGUCUCCACUCCGACCUGGCAGACCUCCUCUGUGGCCUUGCACGAGGGACCGGAGUCAUGACGGGGCCUUGUACUGUUGAAUGUCCCAGGGGUGCUAAAGGGGAUCAGGGACAGAAGGGUGAGAGGGGCAGAGAUGGUGUGGAUGGAAGGAAAGGCGAGCCUGGUCGUGAUGGUCUACCUGGUCGUGAGGGCCCCAGAGGGCCAGAGGGGCCUCCAGGUCAACCUGGUAGCAGUCUAGGAGUGAGAGGAGAGAAAGGAGAGAGAGGUUUUCCAGGUCUGGACGGCAGUUCAGGUGUUCCAGGUCGCCCGGGUACACCUGGUGCAGUUGGACUUCCAGGUAGUCUGGGAAUACCAGGUGUUAGAGGAGUUGCUGGAGAACAAGGUAUUGCAGGUCCUCAGGGGUUGAAAGGAGAGAAAGGUGAAAGGGGAGAAUCUGGAUCUGCUGUUGGAGGAGGUUUACCAGGUCGUAAAGGAGAGCCAGGAAUCCCAGGGAUCCCUGGCACACCUGGACGUAUGGGUGUGGAUGGAGCAAAGGGAGAGGCAGGUCCACGAGGUCUGCCUGGGAAGGAUGGUCGCCCUGGGUUACCAGGAACUCCUGGACUUUCUGUUAAGGGUGAAAAAGGCAGCUCUGGAGAGAGGGGUCCUCCUGGAGUGGGCAGUGGGGUGGCAGUUAAGGGAGUUGCUGGUGAACCUGGAAGCCCUGGACUGCCUGGUCCACAGGGCCCACCAGGACUGACUGGACUAAAAGGAACCAAAGGAGAACUAGGAGAAAGUGCUGAGGGUAAACCAGGCUCCCCAGGAAAGACUGGAGACCCUGGUGAUCGGGGUCCCAGAGGACCUCCUGGUGAAAUUGGGAGUAAGGGUGACCGGGGACAGGCUGGAGCAACUGGUGCAGAUGGAGCCAAGGGAGACAGAGGCCCAGCUGGUCCAUCAGGAGACAAAGGAGAUAAGGGUUCACCAGGCCCCACUGGACCUCAAGGACUCCGGGGUUUGCCAGGCAGCAAUGGUCUUUCCGGAGAGAAGGGAGCUGAAGGAGCAAAAGGGGAACCAGGAGGUGGUGGUCCAGGUUCAUUAGGAAAGAAAGGAGAGCAGGGUGAAAGGGGAUUUUCAGGUCCUGAUGGUCCUAAAGGUGACAAAGGAGAACCAGGAACAAAAGGGGAAAGGGGUGUACCUGGAGAAGGAGUGCCUGGCCAGCCUGGAACAAAAGGAGACCAGGGGGAUCGGGGUAUCCCUGGAUUAUCUGGAAAGCCUGGUGCAAAGGGCAGUCAAGGUGACCUAGGAGAGAGAGGGGAAACAGGCAGUCCUGGUUCACAAGGGCCCUUGGGACCCAGAGGAAAAGAUGGACAGAAAGGAGACAAAGGAGAGGAUGGCAUUUCAGGAGAGUCAGGGUUGCCUGGUAAAGCAGGGGAAAGAGGUCUUCGAGGACUGUCUGGUCAAGCAGGUCAGCCUGGGCCAAAAGGAGAUACAGGUGAUCCAGGGGAAGAUGGACGAAAUGGCACCCCAGGGUCUACUGGACCAAGAGGACUAAAGGGAGAGCAGGGAAUACAAGGUCCCCCUGGGCCGCCUGGAGAUGUGGUAACUGGAGAGAAUCAACUGAAAGGCGACAGAGGAGAAAAGGGAGAGGCAGGUGACCCAGGGGAGCACGGGGCUAAAGGUCAGAAGGGUGAAACAGGCGCAUCAGGCCCUGCAGGACCAAGUGGUCCUGAGGGACAGCGUGGACUACCAGGAGGCAGAGGUGACCCAGGUGAUAGGGGUAGUCCAGGAAACAAGGGUGAUAGAGGAGCUGCUGGGUUGGAUGGAAGAUCUGGUCAGGAUGGGAAACCUGGGCCACCCGGAGCUCCUGGUUUGCGGGGUGAUCCAGGAAAACAAGGGGAACCUGGUAGAGAUGGCUUGGCUGGACUCAGAGGGCCUGUAGGCCCUCCAGGACCCCAAGGGCCCUCAGGACCUGAAGGCGCACCUGGUAAAGCAGGAGUUGAUGGGAAGCCAGGACUGUCAGGAAAAGCUGGUGAAGAUGGUGUGCCAGGAGAGGAUGGUCGAAAGGGAGAUAAAGGAGAGUCCGGGCCUUCUGGAAGAGAUGGUCGAGAUGGGAUAAAAGGUGAUCAGGGCAUUGCCGGACUGAUUGGCCCUUCUGGUCCCAUCGGACCCCCUGGGGUUCCCGGAAGCACUGGACCACCAGGACCGGUAGUCUAUGUUAAAGGGGAGCCAGCAACACCUAUUCCUGGCCCCCAGGGGACUCCAGGAACCCCUGGAGUACCUGGAGUUCCUGGAGCUGCUGGAGCUAGAGGGGAGAGAGGUCUACCAGGCUUGAAAGGAGAAGUGGGAGAUCCAGGGGAGGAUGGCAGACCAGGAACUGUAGUGGAUGUGAAGAGAGCUUUUUCCGAAUUUGGCAUUGAGAUCAGAGAAUUGAAACUACUGGUUGAUGAAAAAAGCAAUCUGAUAUCACAGUUCAGUGCACUGAAGGAGGGAAAUAAAGGUGAUAAAGGAGAUGUCGGACCUAGAGGCCCUCCAGGAGCAGAUGGUGCACGAGGUCUUCCAGGUGAGCAAGGUAUAAAAGGAGAGCAGGGUGAGAAAGGGCCUUCCGGCCCACAGGGUCCCCCAGGCAGGGCUAUUGGAGAAAGGGGUCCAGAGGGUUCACCAGGACAGGCAGGUGAACCUGGAAAGCCAGGAAUACCAGGAGUGCCAGGACGAUCUGGUGAACUUGGAGAAGCUGGCAGACCUGGAGAGAAGGGAGACAAAGGGGAGAAAGGGGACAGAGGUCCAGUUGGUCAGGCUGGAGUGUCUGGCCUUAUGGGGCCUCCAGGACCAAAGGGGGAGUCUGCCACUACUCAGAGUGGGUUGCCUGGUCCGAGGGGUCUGCCUGGCCCGCAGGGUGUCAGAGGAGAGUCUGGUGAUGUAGGAUCCCCUGGACCUGCUGGAGAACGGGGCUAUGCAGGUGCUCGAGGGGAGAAAGGAGACAAAGGAGCCAGUGGAGAGAGCGGAAAAGAUGGCUCCCCAGGAAAUCCAGGAGAGCCAGGAAAACCAGGGCAGGAUGGGAAGCCGGGCUUGCCUGGGUUCCCAGGAGUGCUGGGCAAACCGGGGAAUCCAGGAGAACCAGGAAUAAGAGGACCAACUGGUCCAAUGGGCGGAAAUGGACCCCCAGGGGCUCCUGGUGUGAAGGGUGACCAAGGAGAGCCAGGCAUUGGAGUUCAAGGCCCUCCUGGACCUCAGGGCAACAGAGGGUUACCUGGACCUGCAGGCACCCCAGGAGCCAUAGGGCCGCAAGGACCACCAGGGCUUCCAGGACAAAUUGGAGAGGGAGGCAAGCCUGGGGUCCCUGGGAGAGAUGGAGCUCCAGGGAAAGAUGGCCUGCCAGGCUUAUCUGGGAAACAGGGUAUUGCUGGACCCAUCGGCCCCCCAGGACUGAAAGGAGAGCAAGGAGACAGCGGGCCACCUGGAAAAUCUGUCACCGGACCCCAAGGAAUGAAGGGUGAGAUGGGACCUACUGGACUGACCUUGCCUGGUACUGUUGGAGAAAGAGGCCUUCCUGGAUUACAAGGCCCCAAAGGAGACAAGGGGCCAGCAGGUAUCAAAGGAGACAGAGGUGCUACAGGUGAUCCUGGAGAGCCGGGGGAGAAUGGAGAGAGAGGACCACCUGGGCUCAAAGGAGUUAAAGGAGAGGCUGGUGUAGGGAAGGCUGGACCUGCUGGACAAUCUGGACCCAUCGGUUUAAAGGGUGACCCUGGCUUACCAGGUCCUCUGGGUCCUCCAGGGCCACGUGGUUUGGAUGGGACCCCAGGACUGGCAGGACAGAGAGGAGAAGCAGGUCAGCCAGGACCCCCUGGACAACCAGGAGAACGAGGUCUCCAAGGUUUUAUUGGAAAAGCAGGAAACCCUGGAACACCAGGAUCUGUUGGACCACCAGGACCCCCUGGUACUGAAGGCCUUUCAGGAUUAAAGGGCAAUAAGGGUGAAAUUGGUGUCGGAGUACCAGGUCUAAGAGGAGAGAGAGGAGACCCAGGUCCUCGGGGAGAAGAAGGUCGGGCUGGACUGGAUGGAGAAAGAGGCCCAACUGGUCCUCAAGGCAGCAAAGGGAACAGAGGAGAUAAGGGUGAUCAAGGUCCUUCAGGAACUAAAGGAGAAAAGGGAGAUACUCUGCUGGUGGGCGGUCCUCCAGGGGAGAUAGGAAUUAAAGGAGAAACAGGAGAUCGAGGACCUAAAGGUACACAGGGUGAGAAGGGUGUAAAAGGACAGGAAGGACCAGCAGGUGAACAGGGUCUGAGAGGGGAGCCAGGAGAGAGGGGUUCCACUGGCUUCCAAGGAGCCCGUGGCCCUGGUGGUCAGAAGGGAGAAGCAGGGCAGCCAGGAGUCCCAGGAGAAGCGGGAACAAAUGGUAAAGAUGGCCUUCAUGGCAUGAGAGGAGAAAAGGGAGAGAUUGGGCACAUCGGUCUGCGAGGCCACAAGGGAGAACGAGGUGCUAAGGGGGCAUGUGGACCAAACGGACAGAAAGGAGACAAGGGUGAUUCUGGAAUGAAUGGCAGAUCAGGAUUGCCUGGGAGGAAAGGAGAGCAGGGUGAAGCAGGGUCUACAGGACCCAUGGGAAGCCCAGGGAAGGAGGGACUCAUUGGAGCCAAGGGUGACAGAGGCUUUGAUGGAGUUAUAGGGCCAAAGGGAGCACAGGGAGAGAAAGGUGAACGGGGCUCAUCUGGUAUCCCUGGCCUUGCUGGUCCAAGAGGUGUGGACGGACCCCCUGGUUUAACUGGCCCUCUAGGACCUGCAGGAGGUAAAGGUCCAGAGGGACUGCAGGGACAAAAGGGAGAACGUGGUCCUCCAGGGCCUGCCAUAGUGGGCGCACGUGGCAUCCCAGGAAUCCCUGGGGAGAGAGGAGAACAGGGUGAGAUAGGUUCUGAUGGACCUAAAGGAGACAGAGGAGACCCAGGCAUGAUGGAGGAUGAGAUUCGGGCUUUUGUUCGAAGUGAGAUAAACCUGAAUUGUGCUUGCGGAGGUAAGUUGUGACGUUACUUUUGCCUU